ACAUGUUGAGUUCGGUAUCAGCGGAGGCGGUCGUGUAGUGUCUCGGUGCGCGUCUCCGCCCGCGGUGUUUACACCGCCAGCCCCGGGGUUUGAGCGACACAAGCGGCGGAGGAGGAAGAAUAACAACAAAGCCAUGAACUCGGGUUUCGACCUGUCUCGCCGGAACCCGCAGGAGGAUUUCGAACUGAUCCAGAGGAUCGGGAGCGGAACCUACGGCGAUGUGUACAAGGCGCGAAACGUCAACACGGGAGAGCUGGCGGCCAUCAAAGUCAUUAAACUGGAACCAGGUGAGGACUUUGCGGUGGUUCAGCAAGAGAUCAUCAUGAUGAAAGAUUGUAAGCACUCGAACAUUGUGGCGUAUUUCGGCAGUUAUCUCAGGAGAGAUAAAUUAUGGAUCUGUAUGGAAUUCUGUGGCGGAGGCUCACUACAGGAUAUUUAUCACGUGACUGGACCUUUGCUGGAGUCACAGAUUGCAUAUGUAUCACGGGAGACCCUUCAGGGCCUGUACUACCUCCAUAACAAAGGCAAGAUGCACAGAGACAUUAAGGGAGCGAAUAUCUUACUAACCGAUAACGGCUAUGUGAAGCUGGCGGAUUUUGGCGUCUCGGCUCAGAUCUCAGCCACUCUGGCCAAGAGGAAGUCUUUCAUUGGAACACCAUAUUGGAUGGCUCCGGAGGUGGCUGCAGUAGAGCGUAAGGGAGGUUAUAAUCAGCUGUGUGAUAUCUGGGCCGUGGGCAUCACUGCUAUAGAGCUGGCUGAACUGCAACCUCCCAUGUUCGACCUACACCCAAUGAGAGCUCUUUUCCUUAUGACCAAGAGCAACUUCCAGCCUCCUAAACUGAAAGAUAAACUGAAAUGGACGAAUAACUUCCAUCACUUUGUGAAAAUGGCGCUGAUUAAAAACCCGAAGAAGAGACCGACGGCAGAUAAACUGCUGCAGCACCCGUUCGUAUCGCAGCCGCUGAGUCGUACCCUCGCCAUCGAGCUGCUGGACAAAGUGAGCAACCCCGACCACACCGACAUGGAGGACAGCCACGACGGCGAGGACGAGGAAGCCGACCCUGAGUCUCCGGUGCACGUUCCUCAGCGGAUCACAUCAGCAAGCCGAAGUUCACGGGAUAAAAAGACACUGUCGGAGAUCAACUUUGAUCAGGUGAAGUUUGAUCCUCCGCUGUGGAAAGAGACGGAGCUACAUGAACCGGAACUGCAGUUGGAGCCACAGAGUUUACUGGGUGAUCAUAAGAGUUUGUUAAAAUCAGUAGCAGAGGAACUCAAUCAGAGGGGUCAUGUGACACAUUUAGAGGAGGAUGAGGAGGAUGGUGAUGAUGAAGCUGGACAUUCAAACUCCAGUUCAACAAUGAGGCCGAAAGUUCCUCCACCAUUACCCCCUAAGCCGAAGUCUCUCGGUCCUCCUCAGAACGACCCUGACGGAGAGGACGGCGCCGGACAGGGAACCAUCAAACGUUGCCCUGUCUCCUCAAGCCUCGCCCCUCCUCGCCCCGCCUCUUGUGUGCCCCCCAGGCCGCCGCCCCCUCGCCUGCCCCCCCAGAGACGCAGCAGCUUAGGUAACGGAUUGAGCGCAUCGUCGCAGAACGGAGAGCGGGAAAGACAGUCGACUCUCCCCACCAUCCCCAGCCGCAGAACUAAAGACAUUCCCAAGCCGAUUUGUAACGGUCUGCCUCCCACUCCGAAAGUGCACAUGGGCGCGUGUUUCUCCAAAGUGUUUAACGGCUGUCCGCUGAAGGUCCACUGCGCUUCGUCCUGGGUCAACCCAGACACCCGAGAUCAGUAUUUGCUUUUCGGAGCUGAGGAAGGAAUCUACAGCCUUAAUCUGAACGAGCUUCACGAGACCUCCAUGGAGCAGAUAUUUCCCCGGAGGUGCACGUGGCUGUACGUGAUGAACAACUGGCUCUUCUCCAUAUCGGGUAAAGCAUCCCAGCUGUACUCCCAUAACCUGUGUGGUCUCUUCGAGCACGCUCGGCAGAUGCAGAAGUUACCGGUGGCCAUACCGACAUACAAACUCCCCGAUAAAAUCAUCCCCCGGAAGUUCACAGUGUCCAAUAAGAUUCCAGACACAAAGGGAUGCCAGAAGUGUUGUGUCGUUCGUAAUCCAUACACAGGGCUGAAGUAUCUGUGUGGUGCGUUCCAGUCCAGUGUGGUUUUGUUUGAAUGGGUGGAGUCCAUGCAGCGCUUCAUGCUCAUCAAGAAUAUAGAUUUCACCCUCCCUUGUCCACUGGAGGUGUUUGAGAUGCUGGUGGUCCCGGAGCAUCACUACCCGUUGAUCUGUGUGUCUGUUGUUAAGGGCAGUCAGCCUGAUCAGGUAGUGACCUUUGGCACCGUUGACCCCAACGACAUCGCACCGACCUUCACCGAACCCGACACAUCCCAAACGUGUGUGAUUCACGUCACGCAACUGGAAAGAGACACCAUACUGGUGUGUUUGGACCGUUGUAUAAAGAUGGUGAACUUACAGGGCCGAUUAAAAUCCAGCAAGAAGCUCUCAGCUGAGCUCACCUUCAACUUCCAGAUUGAAGCAAUAGUGUGUUUGCAGGACAGCGUGCUGGCGUUCUGGAGACACGGCAUGCAGGGACGCAGCUUCAAAACCAACGAGAUCACGCAGGAGAUCUCAGACAGCUCGCGCAUCUUCAGACUGCUGGGCUCAGACAGGACGGUGGUGUUGGAGAGUCGGCCGACGGAUAACCCGACAGCUCAGAGUAACCUGUAUAUACUUGCGGGCCAUGAAAACAGCUACUGAACCCACACACACUUGCACACUAAACAGCAUUCCUCUGCUACACUACAUCACAUAACACACACUUCGCCCCCCGCCACAGCUAUAAGCUUCAUGUGCCCACACACACAUUCCUACCGUAUAAACAGUAUGCCAGCUGCCCUGUUACACUACUGUCUGCCAUGACACAGCCGUACACACACUACACUCUCCACACACACCAUCGCUCGUAUCCUGAGCUGACUCGCCUCGCCUCUUUUUUUUUAAAUUAUUUAUUGUGGCACGUUACAUUCAAACAAUGAGGCGUCUUUUUUAUUUUUUAAUUCUUUUUUUUUUUUAAACUCCAGAUUUUUAGUUUUCAUCAGCCCUGCCUGCAGCCUUCCCUCGUUCUCAGUCCGGCUCCUAAAGUCUGGCACCGAUACACCUUUAUACCGGUGGUAACAUCUUAUCUUAUCUCAUCGUCUAGCUACAUAACAACUUCAUAACACACAAACGAGCGACUUAUAAUAUUUAAAGAAUAACCACCGUUUAUGUAAAAUGCUCAUGUCGGUACUCGCGAGAUGUUUAACGACAUAAACGGACUCGUCUUGCAGUAUAAUUAAAGCGGAGAUGCUGUUUCCUUCUCGGAAAGGUGCAGUAAUUUAUCAUCAGCACCGAGAACACAAGCGCCUCGAGUGCUUUACGAUCCCCAGACUCUAACCGGAUCUCCACAGUGAUGCCGAAAACAACGUUUGCAAUUUUAGUAUUUUAAACGAACAAUUUUUUUUUUUCUUCUCUCUCGUUGUUGAUUACAAGCCUGUAUCACUUCAACUGUUGUUAAAUAUUUGAAUAAAAUAAAUCCGCUCUGGUUUAAUAUUAAUUUAUGCUGCUUUCACAUUAGCUAGCAUUUUUUUUUAAUCAAGAACUGCUAGCGAACAUUUUAGCGGACGUGGACGUGUAACGAGUCCGCGAUGAAGGAGCUGCCGCGUGUGCUUUCGAUUCUGGUUAGUGAGUGAAUGAGAAGAUUUAGCAUUUCAAUCUGAAUGCUACGAUAAAUAGAAAAUUCAACCGUAUAAACUGUGAUUUAAUGCACUAAAGUCUCCAAAUUAUAUCAAACGUUCUGAGGCAUUCCGUUUGUACUGGGAAGUCGGAUUUUUGACGCGGGGCGGGGGGGGGAUAUCAGAGGAACCUUGCCAACCCUGACUUCAAAAUCCAAGAUGGCUGCCUCACGCAUUAACAGUAGUGAAACCUGUUGUAAUUAAUAUUCUGUUUAUUAGCAUUUGUGUCUCAGUAAAUCAGGACGCAGUCCUGUCCAACUCCUACCUGCGGACACGUUGCUACGGUUUUUGUAUGCGCAAAAUGCCGCGUAAUGCCUUGUUGGUCUAUCCAUGUUCAUGCGCUCUGAUUGGCUACUCUACUACUAGGAUAUCAGCUUGUAUACCAUGAGUAGAGAAAAACAAAAUGGUGGCACGUGUCGCUGAACCAACCGAGGACGAAAUUUAAAAAAAAAAAAAAAAAACUCGAAAACAAAACCCCAAAAAUUAUCAAGUAUUUUAAAAGAAACUGAAAUGGCUAAAAGAAUAUAGCCCCCCCAAAAAAAUAUCUCCUGUUCCACACUCCAGUCCAGUUGGGGGCGGUAAUGCACCGCCAACCACCAAAAAACGCAAUAAGUAUUUGAUGGCAAGAACGUAUCUUAUUUAAGAAUUAUUAUUAUUAUUAUAGCAUUUUUCACAAAUUGCUCCUGUCGUUUCAGCGGAUUGUUACAUUCUAAGCGGAAAUGAUUUUGUCGGACGUUUUGUAUAAAGUUUUUAUUUAUUGAAUUUGCAAAAAAAAAAAAAAAGCUCUCAAAAUCCAGUGACUGUGGAUAGAAUAAAAGUUAUUCCACUCAAUCUUGUCGUACAUGGCUUAUACACACACCUCAUCGGCUAUCGGCUCAUGUACGACUCGAUUUCAUGGAAUAACUUGAUUUAUAAACUGGUUUUGCUAAUUGCUUGUAUUGGUUUCCCGAGGUAAAUGGAACGCUACGUUGCGUUAGCUAACAUUAGCUAAAUUCACCAAUAUCAUAAUGGAUUAUGUUGAAAUAAAGAAACGUGUUUAAAAGUAUUAAGAUCGUAUUGAUGGUGAAAAUUUAUUUGAAAGGUCGAUAAAUUAUCAGGACAAAAGAUGUAAAGGCGGCUGAUAAAGUUCUGUUUUAAGAUGAACUUAAGAGGUUUCAGUUCUCAAGAGCAGUAACUUCUUGUGGUAAUUAGCUGCCUGGCUUUAGUGAAGUCCGCAUCAUUUAAGAGCAAAUCGUACGAUCGUUAUUCACUCGCCAAUUAUAAAAUGGGAAGAGAGGACGCUGUUUGCCGUCGAGUCCAUGCUUUAAAAGAAUUUUAUAAAGUGCCUGCUUUCACCUCGCGAAUACUGACAUGAGCGUUGAACAAAGCGCGUUAUUCUGUGAAUCUCAUAUUACGCACGUGUUAUGAAGUUGUUCCACAGCUAGAACGAACUGCACAAACUAAAAGAAAUACAACAAAACACUGUUACCAAAAAUGACUUUUCAAACUGAAAUGAGUAGAGUGUAACUUCUGUGUAGGUAUUUGUCACCAUAACGUAUUCUCGUAGUAGUAAUAAUAAUAAUAAAAAUAAACAAUUAUGCUUGUGAAUAUGCUUUAUGCAUUGCAAUAUCAGAACACGUACUUGCAUAGAAGUUACAGUAACCGUAACGGACUCGUGUACAUACUUUGGUUUAAAGAAAGUUUCAUUCAAACGUACUAAUGUUGGUCGACAUUUGCGACUUUAACCCGUACCAUUUUCGCAAGUUUGGGAAACGUGCUGUUCAUUCAGCGAACACUUUAAAAACGCAGAGGGAAUUGUUGCUUAAGUUGGAAACACUAUCCAGGACACUACUACUUUUUUUUUU